AUGAGUAAUAGUUUAGACCCGUUGAUGAAUAUAGGCGGGUCCUAUUCAUCCUCUUCAUCAUCGGGUAGGUCUUCUCCAACGGCUCUGAUGGAGAAUGAUCUCGUUCAAAUGAUGGAAGAAGAUGAGGAUGCUAUGAGAAAAGUGAGGAAUAAGUGGGAGGUCAAAAGAAAUACAGGAGGGUUUACUAUUCCCUCAUUGCAUGAUUCAACAACUAGCAUACAAUCGAUUCAAAGUCUUUCUUCAACAACAAACAUUGUGAGCAACAACAACACGAAUAACAUUAACCCGAACAACAUGUAUUCCGCAUCAUCCGUACUUAAUAAGAACACAAUUAGCGCAAAUUCUACACCUGCAAUGGGUGUAUUCAAAAUCCCUUCCAAUACCAACCUCCCUCUCUCAACAACAAAAGCUCCCUCAAAUAAGGAAUACGGUGAAUAUCUAGCGAAAUUGCAAUUGCGGAAUCGAGAAAAAAAGAGAUUGGAGGAAGACCCUCAAAAGAAAGAACUCGAAGAACGAGAACGAGGAUUUAGUUUAAAUUGGAGCGGAGCCAAUAACCAAAAGAAAAAAGAUUCAAAGAGUUUUAAGCCAUCACCUUCUGAAGAUAUUCCAGAACCCACAGCAAAAAUUAGAAUUAGGAAAAAUAGACCCUCCGGUUAUGCAGAGAGAAAUCAAAGCAGAGUGGAUGAAAAUGCAAAAAGAGGGUGGAAACAAGGAACAGUUAAAAUCAGAAAAGAAAAUGGUGACGUUGAAAGGAUUGCUCCUUCGCGAGCUAAAAGCAUACGCCCUCAAAUGUUUGAAAGCGAGGACGACAGAGAUGAUGAGUUUAAUGACGUACACUCCCAUGAGUCCAACGAGACUCAAGAUAGGGAUAAAGAGGAAGAAAAUGAUAGCGACAACAUCGAAGAUGAUGAUGUUCUAUUUAGAAAGAAAACAAGAGUGACCCUUAACAAAAAUGACAUUGAAGUAAUUAGACGUAGUCUAAGUUCGAUGAGCAACACAGAGAUCAUUCAAAAAUCAGAUUCAACAAUUUCUACAAUGGACACAUUAAUAGAGAAGCUAAAAAAGUUAGACCAACAGAAACAAAAGUAUCUUUUGAAGGUUCUUGAGAAAUUGGAAAAGUCAGACAAAAAAUUGGAAAUUGAUGUUUCUGACGAUGAAAAUGACCAUACUCCGAUUCAAUUACCCAAAGAAGACAAACUCAAGUCUCAUUCUCUAAAAGCAGAUAAUGUAACAUCAACACUAGAAAUGGAUCAAUAUUGUAUUAGAAUUUUAAGUACUUGGGGACAUUCUAGCAAUGUAGGAUUAACAGAAAUUGAGCUUUAUUCGUAUGAUGCCACCAAAAUUGAAGUGUCAGAAGAAAAUGUAAACGUCAAAGGAGGAUUAGGGGGUAAAGGAAAUAUUAUGAGAGUUUUUAAUGGGAAGAAAAAAACCACCAACGAUCAGUACAUGUGGCAGACAUCUUUGCCAACCUUAAGUUAUUUAGAAAUUGUCAUUGAUAUUCCAGUCACACUCCCUGUGGUUGCCAUGACUUUUUGGAAUUUCAACAAAAGUAUUAAUGAAAGUGUAAAGGGAGUUCGAGAACUAGAAAUUUUGCGGAACAACGAGCAAUUGUGGAGAGGAACCAUACAAAGGGGAUGCGGAAACAACAUUUUUGACUACUCUACAUCUGUGCAAUUAUUAUCUCCAGAAGAAAUGCAAGUGAAGAGAUCGUUAUUUAUUCCUCCAAAACUUAAACCUCCCACUAAAAUAUCACAAAUGGACGAAACACCACCCAAAGCUUCGGACGUACAACCUGUACUACCCCAAGAAUUGAACAUAGACGCUUCUGUAUCGGAUAGUGAAAGCUCUGAUGUAACAUCAUACACACUGGAGGUUGAAGAUGACGACACCGUUGUACAAUUUAAUGACCCACCAGCUGAAACUGACAGCACCACUGAAUCCACUACCAAAAAUACCUUGCCAAUAAUUCCUCCUCUGAACAUUGCUGCUAAAGAAAACAACUGCAGUCCCAUUGUAGAAAAGAAAGAAAAUACCUCUACAUCAAUGACAAUUUCAGAACAGCAAGAACCAAUCUGGCUCUCCCUAUCACAGAGCAGUCCAACCCCAGAAAAGAAAGCUCCCAAAGGAAAUAUACUUUCUGAUGCUCUCAAGAUUACCAACCCAGAAAAAGUUCCAGUUUGGUUUAGGGAGCUUGACAAUAAGGAAAAAAACAGAAAAAAGCAAGAUAUUACGCUUCCAGAAAAGUCUGAAGAAGUUGAAGUUAAAGAGCCAUCACCAAAAGAAGUUCCCCAACCAAUACGAACUUCCAGAUCCAGAGGAUUGAUUGAAAUUCCAAAAGUUGUAAAUACGGAAUCUAAUAGCCCAAAGAUUGCUCCUGAAAAACCACUGGAACCUCUUAAAAAGAUUGAAGUUCCUACUCAAGCUAAACGAUAUCAAUCAAGAUCAAAAAGCAGGCCAAAAAGACCACAAGUGGUGUACAAUUCAGGUUGUAAUGUAACCGAAAAAUCUUCUAUUUCAAACGAAACUUAUGAUUCCUUGAUGAGAUUUAAGUAUUCUCACCUCGGAAGACUGAAACCAAGAGAGGAAGAGUCCAACAUUGUAAUUUCAGAACCAACAGAAAUUCAACCACCAAUCUGGAAAAUUGAAAAACGUAGAAGCUCUUCAAAUAUUUUGGAGGAUAAGGAUGCAUUCUAUUUGCCUUCUCUUAAUAUUGCAACAAACACAAAAGAGGAGCACGACGCUGCCGAAGAAGUGGAUGAAGAUUUUAUUAUUCCAAUUUACCCUUCGGGCCAAAAAAUCACAAUCAACAUUCUUGAAAGCUGGGGAGACCCUCACUACUUGGGAUUAUCAGGUAUUGAAAUUUUUGACAAAAAUGGAAACCUUAUUGCUCUCAAUGACGUUUUUUCGCAAGUGAAAGCUAAUCCUUCCGACAUUAAUGCUCUCCCAGAAUACUCUAAUGAUCCAAGAACUGUUGACAAACUUUUUGAUGGUGUAAAUAUGACAUGUGACGAUCUUCAUCAAUGGUUAACGCCCUUUACUCCGGGAGGAGAUCAUUUUAUAUAUAUUACUCUUAAUGAAAAAACCACUCUUUCGAUGAUAAGAUUUUGGAACUAUAACAAAUCUAGAAUUCAUUCUUAUAGAGGAGCCAGAUAUCUUGAAAUGUAUUUGGAUGACAAAUUAAUUUUCAAAGGAGAAAUUAAGCGAUCUGCAGGUACCUUAUCAUCCGUGGAGUCGUGUUCGGAAUGUAUUCUAUUCACAACAGAAGCUGAAGUUUUAGAAAAGAUUGAAAAGUAUGAUCAAGAAGUGUAUGGCAACUUUCUGCUGGAUCCUGAGCCCAACAUCACUAGCACUGAACGACCCAAGACAGCCAGCAAAGAUUCCGAGGAUUCCACAACAUUUAACCCUAUUGAGCACUUCUCAAAUUUAGACCCCUCCGAGAGACCUCUCACAAGUGCUAUUCAAUCAAGAAACGAUAAAACUAGCUCAAACGGGCUUGUCAGAGGUCAAAAGAUUCGAAUCACACUUGAGACUUCUUGGGGAGAUUUGUUUUAUAUUGGCCUAACAGGUAUUGAGGUACUUGGAAAAGAAGGCAAGUUGAUCAAGCUUACAACAGAGCAGCUCUCUGCCAAACCUCGUGACAUGAAUGAGGUAUCUGGACAUUCUGGAGACUAUAGAACCUUAGAUAAAUUAAUUGACGGAUGCAACAUUACAACAGAUGAUCGGCACAUGUGGAUGGUACCUGUUACAAUUUAUAAGGAACGUCCAUAUAUCGAAAUUGAUUUAAGACAAACAACAGAAAUUUCUGGAAUCAGAUUUUUUAACUACAACAAGAAUUUAGAGGAUACAUUUAGAGGAGUGAAAAAGAUAUCUCUUGCCAUUGAUGGAAAGCCCUUACUAGACGGUGAAGAUAGCUGUUUUAUUUUGAAAAAAGCUCCAGGAAAUACUAGCUUUGAUUUUGGCCACACGAUAAUAUUUGCUGACGUGUUGGAUGGUGGUAGAUCAAGUCCAGCAGAAAUUCAGAAGCCAAAAGAUAACAGCGCUCGAGGGAAUCCAUUGAGAAACAGCUCUCUGUUGAAUGAAGGCAUUCAACAAGCUAUCUUAAAGGCUCAAGCAAUGGCUCAGACUCAAGGUGUUCAGGCACCAAGACAGGAUUACCAAACUGCCUUGUUACCGUGUGCUUAUACGUUCAAGUUCCAUUUGAUCUCUUCUCAUGGGGAUCCAUAUUAUGUUGGCCUUAAUGGAAUUGAAUUGUACGACGCAAGGCACGAAAAAAUUCCACUCGCUUCAAACAAUAUUCAUGCUAGUCCAUAUAGCGUCUCAAUUUUGGAAAAGUCCAAAGACGAUGUAAGAACUCCAGAUAAGCUUAUUGAUGGUGUCAACAACACGUGGAAUGAUAGACAUAUGUGGUUAGCUCCUGUUGAACCGGGACAAGAAAAUUAUUUGUACAUAAUCUUUGAAGAGCCAAUAGCAGUAUCAUAUAUCAAGAUUUGGAAUUACAGCAAAACACCCUCACGAGGUGUUGAGGAAGUAAUUAUUUAUGCAGAUGACGUUCUUAUCUACAAAGGUUUUUUGCGACAAGCUCCUGCGAUUAAUGAACCCAACAUUGACCUGAAGAAAGAUUUUGCUCAAUCCAUACUUUUUACCAAUGAUCCUGUAGUUUGCACGAAAGAAAAGAAGCACAUUUAUUCUAAAACUUUAGAAGAUCAAGAAGUGAAGUAUUUUAAUGAGAAACAGCUUCUAAAAUUACCCUCUCAAUCCUCCUCACAAAUUGUACAAAGUAGUACCAAAAACACAUCCAUCUCAAGAGAAAAUUAUCCUUCCACUAGACCCACCACAUCUGUUAUCAACACCAAGUAG